UCGUCUGCUGCAAUGUUUACAAACUUCUUGACGGAUUUCUGGACAACACAUUCUGCCUUUGGGACACACUCUAGUCCACAGACACUAUUCCAUUUACACAUACUUUAUAAUCAAGAAACAAUUUAUAAGAAGGAAAUACUUCCAGAGGGGGAGGCAUUCCGUAAUUCAGAGGCUCUCCCCAACCCCGAGACAUUUUACUGAAGUUGAAAACAUUCUAUACUUCGGGGCAUUUCCUAACGCUGUUGCACCCAGCUAACAUGGACAGUGUGGGAAAUGAUGAAGCUGUCAUAGCCACUAAUGACGACGCAAGUUCUUGCAAGAGGUGUGCAGUGGCUAUGGGAUAUUGGCGAGACAGAUACAUUAGCUAUUUUGUGAGAUCUACAGAUCGCAAGGCGCCGGAGAUUAAUCGUGGUUACUUUGCGCGAUGUGUGGCAAUCAAGCUGCUUGUUGAUAAAUUUGUUGAGGUAACUCACGGCAACUGUCAGAUUGUGAAUAUUGGAGCAGGGUUUGAUACACUUUAUUGGAGACUGUAUGAUGAAGGAAAAAAUGUAAAGGGAUUUGUUGAACUCGAUUUCCCUGGAGUCACAUCACGGAAGUGCCUGUACAUUCAGAGAACAAAACCCCUACUGCAGGCCAUUAGUGAAGAAGAUUAUGAUGUCAAGCUUAAUAGGAACAACCUUCAUGCGCACACCUACAAGCUGACAGGAGUCGACCUCAGAAACAUCACAGAGGUGGAAGCCAAGAUUAAGGAAUCAGACUUGGAUUACUCACUCCCUACCCUCUUCUUGGCUGAGUGUGUCCUGGUGUAUAUGAACACCAGCAAGUCUUCACAGCUCUUACAGUGGAUUGCAGAAAAGUUUAAGUCUGCUUUCUUUAUAAAUUAUGAAAUGGUCAAUCUUGGUGAUAGAUUUGGAGAAGUUAUGGUGAGCAACUUGCGAAGCCGAGGUUGUGACCUGGCAGGGGCUCAAGCAUGCCAAAGCACAGAAACACAGAGGCAAAGAUUUCUAGAUGUUGGAUGGGCUGGAGCAGACUCUUAUGACAUGAUCAACAUAUGGGCACGACUCCCUCCUGAGGAAAUAGCUCGUGUAAUGCAGAUUGAGUUGCUAGAUGAACAGGAACUUCUUCAGCAACUGUUCACACAUUAUGCCAUCACCACUGCCUGGACUGACCACCGAUGGUCAGACAUUCAGCUGUAGUUUUUACUAAUAAUCCACUAUUCCUAAAAGAUAUUAGGAAAAAAGCUGUUAUGGUAAAGGUAUAAUAUGUCAAUAAGGUUUUCAAAUAAGCAUAACCAGACUGGCACUGAAUAUCCAUGCUAGUAACACCAAGAAGUGAUUUUAAUUACAAAAUAGUUAUGUAAUUACUAUUAAUAAAAGUUCUGAGUAAGGACCAGGUCUUUUCCCUCAAAUAUUAUCAUGUCAUAAACCAAGCUUUAGACCUCUGAGGUUAGUCAUUAAUCAAAAAGAAAUCUGGGCAUUAUGGUGAUAAAAUUAAAUUAAAUAAGCAGAAUUAUUUUGACAUUUAAUCCUGUUACUGCUCAACUGGACUGGCAAGGUGUGCGUAUGUAUACCCUUUGUUAUAAGAUGAGAAUAACUUAUAUUGUAUGAUUAGGUUCAUUACAGAUGAUUAGUAAAUACUAUCAUGUGAUUUCUAGACUGCCAGCAUAAGAUGUGAAAAUUAUGAUUAAGCUUAAGCAUUAUAUGCAUACCAGUUGAUGUGUUGGGUAGUAGAAUGGUUAUUGGAAACCUAACAAAAUAUCUUAUUCAGUUAGUCUUUGAGAUAUAAACUUCAUAUAAGCUGCAGCUCUUUCUCUGACAGAGUUUCAGUAUUAGUUGAAAAAUUGAUUAUUAGCAGCAAUAGCAACAAAUGUUCUUGUUACAUUAUUAUACAUAUAUUUAUUCACCAUAUAUAUUCUUUAUAUAUAUUUAUAUAAAAAUACACACACCUAUAUACAUACAUAGGUAUAUAUUUAAGAAGCUUACUUUGGAAGGUAAACAGUUAGUCUUCCGCUGGUUCCUGUAUCCCUUGUAUAGAAAGAAAUGUCAUUGAACCCAUCCUUGUCAGCUCAGAAGGGACGAUAUUUACUACUAGAUGAUGUGCUCAUUUUCUUUGCCUUUUGUUUUGUUUUAGGUGGAUAAUGGAUGUUCCAGUAUGUAUUCCCUUUGGUGUUGUGUAAUGUUUGUUGCAGAAAUAUCAUGUGUAUGUUGAAAUAGGGUAGUGUGACAAUAAUAUUUAAUGUUAAUGUAAUAUUUUA